GAGGAGAGACGGCGGAGCGGAGGAGCGGAGGAGGUUUGCGCCCAACGGGAUCCGCACGUCGCUGGGAAGAUGGUCGUGCUCGUGCUCAGUUUAUUUCGGCGCAGGACUUAAAAAAAAAAGAGAAACCACUUUAUUUAAGAAUCUCCACUUUCCUCUUUUUGAUUCGUCUCCUUUAUUUUGGGUCCGGAUCGGAACCGAGCUGCUGCCCUCACUCUGUUGAACCUGCUCCUCUCCCCUGUCGGUUCUGGUUUUACUCGGCGGGAUGUGGAAGACGGGGGUCCUCUUCUUCUUCCUCCUCCUCCUCCUCCUCUUUUGCGGACUUGCCUCCGGGGAGCUCCUGCAGGAGUCGGAGUCCCGGAGCCCUCCCUCUCCUCCGAGAAAGUUGGAUUUCGGUUUCGUUCCCGCGGGAGUCUACGAAACUCUGGCCCACUACGAACCGGGUCCGAUCGGCAUCCUGUUCCACGCGGUCCACGCUUUCCUCUACGUGGUGCAGCCGAACCCCUUCCCUCAUGACCUCGUUGUCAAACUGGCAAAAGACAAGUUUGGAGCCAUCCAGAAUGAAUACCAAAAGGCCAUAUACUAUGAGAUUGGUUUCGUGGUGUGUGCAGUGUUGGGGCUGCUGUUCGCCGUCCUUCUGCCUGUUGUUGGCCUCUUCUUCUGCAUGUGCCGAUGCUGCGAUAACUGCGGUGGCGAGAUGCACCAGCGCCAGCGGAAAAAUGCCGAUUGCCAACGCGGUCUUCUGGGUACACUGCUGUUCGCCACCUCGCUGCUCGUCACGAUUGGCGUGUUGUGUGCAUAUGCCGCCAACCAGAACCUUAGUUCUCAGGUGAAGAACAUCAGGAGGCUGGUCAACAGCAACAUGAGAGACCUGCACACAUUCGUCAAUGAUACGCCAAUGCAAAUUGAUUACCUAAUAUCCCAGUAUGCUACCGCUAGGAACAAAGUCAUCUCCGACCUAGAUAAUAUAGGUCCAUUACUGGGUGGAAGGAUACAUGAACAGCUGGAGAAGGAGGUGCGCCCCGCCCUGGACGGAGCGCUCACUAUGGCCGGAGCCAUGCGGGAGACCAAGGAGGCGCUGGACAACGUCAGCGUGUCUCUGGAAGUCCUCCAGGAGGGGACGGGGAGACUCGGCGCCAACCUCAGCCUGGUGCGCUCCAGUCUGCAGCAGACCCUAACUGACCCGGGCUGCCAGGAUGAGGAGUCCGAUGUGACCACGGCCCAACUCUGCCGCAACAUCCACACGUCUCUGAGCCAGCUCAGGAUCAGUGCCAACUUCACACGGUUAGCCAACGUGAACACUCAGCUGGAAAGCGUCAACAACAUGCUGAGAACAGACCUGAGCAGCAUCAUUCAGAGGGGCUACUCCUCCCUGAACAACACCCCGAGCAUGGUGGCCGAGCAGACCUGGGCUGUCGCUGAAGGUGUGCGGGGGUUGGCGGAGGGCGCUGGCAGGAACAUCAGCAGCGUGUCCAAGGUGUUUCCUCUGCAGAACUCUCUGAACAACUUCACCAUCUUCAUCAGCCAUGCGCAGUCCAGGAUCGAGGACCGUUACCCCGAACUGGACCAGUUGGACUUCUAUAGGUGGAUUGGCUGUAUUGCUCUGUGCUGCAUGGUGGUUCUGGUUCUAACCUUUAACUUCCUGGGUCUGCUGUGCGGCACCUUGGGAUAUGACAAACAUGCCUCACCCACGACGCGGGGCUGCAUCUCCAACACUGGCGGGACGCUGCUCAUGGCUGGCGUCGGCUUCAGCUUCAUCUUCUCCUGGGUGCUGAUGGCCAUGGUGACCGCCGCCUUCCUGGCAGGAGGCAACAUGGAGAAACUGGUGUGUGAACCCUUCCACACCAAGCAGCUCUUCCAGGUACUGGACACGCCGAACCUGGUGAACCCAGAGUGGAGGAACUUCAUCCCUGGCUACAUGUACAAUGACUCUGACCUGGAGCUGACAACGGAGAGUCUCUACAGUGAUUGCAAAGACAACAAAGGCAUCUACUCAGCCAUGCGACUGGACAAGGUCUUCAACAUCUCCUCUUUCCUCAAUGCCACAGUGUUCAGCACAGAGGUUGUAAAUCUGCUGGAGAGCAUCAGGAUCGACCUGAGAGCUGUCACCCUGCUGGAGGCCGAGGGGAAGCAAAACCUUCUGGACUUUUCCAGUGCAGGGCUGUCUGAAAUCAACUAUGCUGACUACCUGGUGGAGGUCAAUAAAGGAGUCACUGUGGUGGACCUGCUGUCGUACGCCAGUGAACUGGAAGCCCAGACAGACCUCAUGCCUAAGGGUCCUCUGCAGCGUGCAUUGAAAGGCCAUGCGAACACUCUGCGACAGAUUCACAGUCACCAUGUCGUCCCAAUGGAGAAGGCCACGAAAUACGUUAGAGCGAGGAGCGCCUUGAAUCAGAGUAUGAGGUUUCUGGAGCGAACGGCUUCAGACUUGCCAAACAAGGUUUUAGCCAUUAUCUAUGCCAUUGAAGCGGCCCAGUAUCUCAUCUCCCAGAAUGCAACACCGCUGAUUCAUCGGGAAACACAGAAGUACACAGGCUCCAUUGUGGGCUACUUCCAGCAGUACGUGGAGUGGGUGAAGACCUCUCUGGCCAUGGAGGUGGCAGGCUGCAGGCCCUUCAGUAACAUGGUGGACACGGUGGAGAUCAUAACCUGCAGUUUCCUGGUCGACUCCAUGAAUACUUUCUGGAUGGGUCUGGGCUGCAGUACUCUGUUCCUCCUGCCCAGUAUCAUCCUGGCGGUAAAACUCGCCAAGUACUACCGCAGAAUGGACACAGAAGACGUCUACGACGACAUCCCUGCCUAUGACACUAUGAACAGGUUCCCGAGGGCCUCGGCCCCCCCAAGACACAUCGACUGGUGACGGAGUGCUGGCCUUUGUACUGAAAGGACUGAGCGCCGCGAAACCCACAGAGGCAAAACCAUCUGAAGCUGCUGUGGUUUGUCUCACGUCUUCACUGAUCAACCCGGCUAAUCACAUUAUGGAACCGAUGCCUGCUGCCCAACGUACCCCCAUCACCCCGUCCCAGACGCCCCGGGGGGCAGGACACUGAGCUCGACCCCCUUCUCAAAAAACAUGUCUGCGUUUACAUUUGUUUGGAGACGAUACGAAGCCGAGAAGAUUUUCACCGAGGAGACGUGACGAUAACUGUACUGUCUGUCGAUGCUUUCUUUCUUUUUUGGUAUUUUUUAUUUACUUGUUCUGUGGACAUGGUGGCUUGGAAAAAGGUCACCAGAGGGUCAUGGCACACUUCCAGGAGACACAUGACGAUUAUUUUUGAGAAUAAUUAUAAAAAAAACAAAAACAAAAAAGGACAUGUCUUUCAACACAGCGGCGUCUCGUCUGAGGAAAGGCGUUUGUGGAGGCGUCUCUACGCAACACAUUACCAACACGCUAAGACGACACGCUGACCACCCGUGGUGUACAGAGAAGAAACGCAGAUGUGUUGUUUGCCAAAUGGACACAUGGAUGUGACGGAGAUGACGAAUGGCAAUUUUUAAAGAGUGCAGUAGGAGUCAGAGAGGUGUGUAAGGUGGAGGACUUAGAGGUAAAAAUAUAAAGAGAUGGUUCCUGGGUUUAUUUUUGUGCUCAAGACAAAAUAUUAGCAUGACUUUUUAAUGUUUACAGUAUCACGUGACAACCAGAGUUUUUGCCGUGUUCGCAGGUUUGAGGCGUCCUGCAAAUGACCGGCUGCCUUUCAAAAACACGCUUCCCCGCGGCGUUCUGACAAGAUGCCCGCCCUCUUAAAUCAUUUCAUGUCAAUUUGAUACCUAACAACUUGACCUGUAUAGCAUUCCUUUGAUUAACUGAUUAACGAUAAUUAAAAAAAAAUAAUGUUGACGUCACUAACAUGACAUUUUAAAUCCAGCUCUCUCUCAUCUUCAUAGUGGUCAACCUUUAAAGUGGAGGACUUCUUUUUCAAGCCAAAUCCUGUUCUUACAUUAGGUCUCAGGUCUUUGUGGUCCAUAAACUACAUACCAUUUCACCAGUUUUACCCCACGGUAGCGACAUGGGUAGGUUUGAGACUCUGGGGUGAAUGUAUUCAAGUCGUUUGUCACAUGUCACUUCAUAUGGCUGCUGGCUGAACUAAACUGUGACCACCUGUAGCCAAUCCACUGACUUCCAACCCACUCCCGUCUCUUGUUUACAGGCUGUAGAUGUGUUCGUAGUCGCCGUCAGCUUAGACCAACUUGGAAUAAUUAUAGACAAUCUGUUCUUGUCCGUCAACUGGACGAGAAAGCACCGUCAAUCAAACCCCGAAAAUCUGUUGAAAGCAUAACAGUGUCCAGACAUGCUGCAGAAAUUAAAGAAAUCCAUAUCAGAAUUCUGAAUUUUCAUUUUUGCACACUUGGCAACAGAUUUUAUCCAGUCACUAAAACUAUGGAAUAAGUCUCAACGCUUAGAUCACCGACUCUGAAGAACCCCUUGAUUAAAAAAGGUGAAUAAGAAAAUUAUCAACAGCAUGUGAUAAUCUGACUACUUCUGCUGUUCGAAGGUGUCAGAGAUUUUAUCCAAGCACAGCAGUGUGUUUGAUUCCAGAUACUCUUGUCAAGUGUUUUCCCACUGCUUCCAGACACACAGCAUCAGAAGUCUCUGUGCUGGAUUAAUAACUUGUUGAGAUGUACUACUUUUGAGGGUUUGAAUUCUCUAGUAUGCACAGUUUGACUAAGCUACCGCUGUUAGUUGGGUAAUAAAGAGUCUGCUUAUUCAAGUCAACUUGAGGGAAUAAACGUUAUGAUCAGUUCAACUGUUUUACUAAGUGCUUAAACUAGAUGUCUUUUACCUAUCUGCUGUGUGGACAUCAGGGAAGACAGCCGAGACUAGUCUGAAUUGUGGCGCUCCAUAGUAUGGCAGCUGGAGCCACUGGAGAAAACGUAUGUUUCAUGUGGUG